UCUACUACCAUGACAAUUUGUAUGGCACACAUAUUACCGAACUAUAAGGAACUUAAAAAGACCAGUUAUAACAUGUGUGUUUCAUUUUGAAUGUAGUUACAGUUAAUAUGCAAUGUGCAGGUCCAGAAAAUAUCCAUACUCCCCCCACAGAAGGAACUGGAAUUUCCUGGGGGGUGGGAGUUCUGUGAGACCAAAAAAUUUAAAGAAACGUGUGAAGCAUUAUUGGAAUUUCCAGAGGGGUGGGGGAGUCUUAGAAAGAAUCCUUUCUGUGGGAGAGGUAUAGAUAUUUUCUGGACCUACACAAUACCACAAUGCGAUUUGACUAUCUUAGAACUUUAUUUUUUGCUCUUUUAGCCAAGAAGCCGAUUGAACGUGCCAAAGUCACAUUUGACUAUGAACCUGAAAAUCCUGAUGAGCUGAAGUUAACAGUGGGUGAUAUUCUCACUGUUAUCGACAAGGAAGAGGAAGGCUGGUGGAAAGGAGACCUAGGUGGAAAAAUUGGCAUGUUUCCUUCCAACUUUGUUGAAGUACUGCAAAAUGCUGAAGAAUUGUCGACUCCUGUGGCUGCUGCUGCUCCUCCUCAAACUCACAAGAAAGGUGUUCCAGUUUUACCUGUUAAGAAUGAAGUAAAAAAAUCGCCAAAAGUAGCAAAGAAGCCUGCUCCAUCACUGCCUCCUAAAGAUGAAUCAGACUCUGACGCCACUCCAGAGCACCACCAUCCAGCAAGACCUGAAGUUAGGAAACCCCCUGCAGAGCCAAGUCCAGAGCCAUCUCUCCCAGCACCAGGAAGACCCAAACCACCAGUGGCAGGUCACAAACCUGUUUUACCACCCAAGAAACCUCUACCAGCCCAAAAGAAGCCAAAGGGUUUGGUGAAGAAGCCAGAGAAAAAGGUGGAGGCGGCAGAGGACAAUAUGAGUGUUAAUGGAAAGAAAAGUGCUGAGGAUAGGAAGGACCGUGUCGAUGGCAAGCUGUUAGAAAAAGAGACACCACCUACAAUCAAGACAGAGAGUGCUGAAGAAGGUACUACAUAAAACAUUG